AUGGGUUGGCCCGGCCUGGUCCGGGGCGGGUCAGUCCCGGGCCGGGUCAUAGAGUCGGGUGGAUCGGCAGGAGGAGAUACAAGUCCAAAACACUACAUUAUUCUUAAAAAUGAAAGUAAAAGAUUAACAUCAAAUUCAUGGGAAACGUUUGGUUUACCAAGUAAACUUGAAGCUGAUGGUACAUAUCAAGUUAUAUCUGAUUUUGCUAGUUGUUUUAAUUGUAAAAAAACGUUACAUUAUGAAAGUAGUACAAAAUAUAUGAAAAGUCAUAAUUGUAUACCUUCAACAACAAUAAACGAAGGACCAUUAGCUAAAUAUUUAAAUAAUAAUAAAGUUACCGAUGUUCAAAGACAAGACAAAGAUCAAAUGAAACAAAAAUUAACUCAAUGGAUUUGCUCAUCAGUUCAUUUAGUAUUGUUGAAGAUUUCGGAUUAA